AUGGUUGAGCCAAUUGCUAUCAUUGGGUCAGGUUGUCGAUUCCCUGGAGGUUCUGACACGCCCAGCAAGCUCUGGGAGCUGAUUAAAGACCCACUGGAUCUAUCAAGCAAACCACCACCAUCACGGUUCAAUAUCGAUCCGUUCUACCACCCAGUUGGCGCCCAUCAUGGAACAACGAAUGCCACCCACUCCUACUGGCUGGAGGAGACGGAUCGUACAAGUAUUACCAAGUUCGAUGCUGGAUUUUUUAAUAUUCAACCGAGCGAGGUUGACGCGAUGGACCCACAGCAACGGGUCCUCAUGGAGGUUGUGUAUGACAGUAUGUGUGCUGCAGGCCAACCCAUGGAGAAUCUCAAAGGAUCCAAUACUGCCAUUUACGUUGGUAUGAUGUCCGAUGAUUGGAAUACCAUGGUCACCCGUGACUGGGAGACCCUGCCACGAUAUACAGCUACCGGUUUGGAACGGGGCAUCAUGGCAAACCGUGUCUCAUACUUCUUUGAUUGGCAUGGUCCAAGCAUGACUCUUGACACUGCAUGCUCAAGCAGUCUGGUUGCUUUGGAUCUGGCUGUGCAAAUUGUCCGCAGUGGGAAGUCGAAUGUUGCUGUUGCAGCAGGAACGAAUCUGAUUUUGAGCCCUGCGAUGUAUAUUUCGGAAAGUAAUCUGGGUAUGCUUUCCCCCAAUGGCCGUUGUGCUAUGUGGGACACAGCAGCUGACGGAUAUGCUCGUGGGGAGGGGGUGGCUGCCGUCAUUGUGAAAACACUCUCUCAGGCACUUGCCGACAAUGAUCCGAUCGAGUGCAUUAUUCGUGAUGUUGCUGUAAACCAGGAUGGCAAGACCUCUGGCUUGACGGUGCCCAGUAACGUGGCGCAGACUGCAUUGAUCCGCGACUGCUACUCCCGCGCUGGACUCGAUCCCAUCAACAACCUCAAAGACCGACCCCAAUUCUUUCACGCCCAUGGCACUGGUACCCAAGCCGGCGAUCCACAGGAAGCUGAGGCUAUCUCAAAUGCUCUGUUCCCUGUUGGAUCUCUUGCCGCUCAGGCUGCGGAGAAAUUGCUUGUCGGCUCAAUCAAGACGGUCAUCGGCCAUACAGAGAGCACAGCCGGUCUUGCCAGUGUUAUCAGUACAUCACUUGCCAUACGGAAUGGUGUCAUUCCCCCUAAUAUGCACUUCAGAAAUUUGAGUGAUCGUGUCGCGCCCUUUUUCGAUCACUUGAAGAUACCCGUAUCCCCAACUCCCUGGGUUAUCAACAAUGGUCAGACGCGAAGAGCAAGCGUCAACAGCUUCGGCUUCGGUGGCACAAAUGCUCACUGUAUUUUGGAAGAGUAUACUCAAAGACGUGAAGUGAUCACCUCGACCUCGACCAAUCAGAUUUUCGCUCCCCUUGUCUUCUCAGCGGCCUCGGAACAGGCCCUGCGACAAAUGAUUUCUGAUCAUCUAGAAUAUCUCAAGAUUCACCCAGAUGUUCCGAUGCGGGACUUUGCUUACACUCUGCAACACCGUCGCUCGACACUGCCAUACCGGAAGGACAUCCUUGCUCCAACGGUCAAUGAUGCAAUUAUUGCACUGGAAGCCUUGACUCGCACUGAUGCAGAAACCGAAGACAUGAAUGCUCGAUUCAAAAGUCUCAACAGCUCAGCAAAGAUCUUGGGGAUCUUCACUGGCCAAGGCGCACAAUGGCCGAGAAUGGGUGCCCGCCUCAUUGAGUCGUCUCCGUUUGCUGCGUCGCGUAUUGCCGAGUUGGACCAUGCGCUCCAGAGCAUUACUUCCGCCGAAGACCGACCCAGCUGGACAAUACUUGACGAGCUGCUCGCAUCGAAAGAAAGUUCUCGGCUUGCAGAGGCAGCUCUGUCGCAGCCCCUCUGCUCAGCUGUGCAGAUUCUCCUGGUUGACAUCCUUCAAGCAGCUGGAAUCGCAUUUACAGCUGUAGUUGGUCACUCAUCGGGUGAGAUUGGAGCUGCUUAUGCUGCCGGUUUCCUUUCUGCCAAGGAUGCGAUCAGAGUAGCAUACUUCCGAGGCGUGCAUGCCAAACUAGCUGCCAGUCCCAGCCCCAAUGCUCCCUGUGGUGCUAUGAUGGCAGUUGCCGAAUCUCCAGAUGGAGCUCGGGCCAUUUGUGCCAAUGAGUUCCAGGGGCGCUUGCAGCUUGCAGCGAUUAAUUCCAGCUCCAGUGUCACUCUCAGUGGAGAUGAAGAUGCCAUCGACGCUGCUGAAAGACUUUUGAAGGCAAAAGGCACCUUUGCUCGCAAGCUGAAGGUCGAUACUGCCUACCACAGUGCUCACAUGGCUUCCUGUGCCGGCCCAUAUUACAACUCACUUCAAAAAUGCAACAUUGAGAGUUUGUCGCAAUCGACAGAGGCGGCACCCGUGUGGUACUCAAGUGUGUACGAGGGAGAGGCUAUGGUUCAAUCUAGUCUGACGAACCAAUAUUGGGUUGACAAUAUGUGUCAGACUGUCCUUUUUGCUGGUGCCUUGGCGGAGGCAGUGAAGCACAAUGGUCCAUUUGACAUUGCCAUUGAGGUCGGUCCCCAUCCUGCUCUCAAAGGUCCCGCUACUGCUACCAUCAAUGGGGAGACUACUACACCAUAUACUGGUGUUCUGGCUCGCGGUGAGAACGAUGUCACCGAAUUUGGCAAAGCACUUGGUUUCAUUUGGAAGCAAUUUGGUUCGAACAGCGUGCAGUUUUCUGCGGUGGAAAAAUUGCUGUCUGCCAAUGCUCAAGAACCACUUGUUCUGAGUGACCUACCUCCGUAUCCCUUCACCCACCAAACCGACUACUGGACCGACAGUCGUCUCGCAAACCACUUCAAGCACAGAAACCCGGCUCAUGUUUCAAAUAUACUCCUCGGAUCUCCUUGCGCGGAAGCGACCACUCCAGGAGAAUUCCAGUGGAGGAACAUCUUGCAACAAAGUGAGAUGCCUUGGUUGAGUGGUCACGCACUGCAGGGCCAGACCGUUUUUCCGGCCACUGGGUAUGCUUCAAUGGCCCUCGAGGCUAUUAAAAGCAUCGCAUUUGAGCUGCGACCUGGGGCUGCACUUUCUUUAGUGAAACUUGUUGAUCUAGAUAUUCCACGCGCGAUCGCAUUCGAUGAUGACGAUAUGACCGUGGAAACAAUCUUCAGUGUAUCAUCGGUCGCCUUCUCAGACGCUAAGCUGACUGCUGACUGGGCGUGCUACUCAGCGGCGAGAGAUGGCACCAUUCAAUUGAAUGCCAAGGGAAGCGCGGUGGUGGAACUGGGCCUCGCAAAGCCCGAUACCCUGCCUGUUGCCAGAGUAGACCCCUACAGCCUAGUUCCUGUUAACGAAGAUCAGUUCUAUGACAGUCUGGCCCGCGUGGGAUAUAAUUAUGCCCAUCCUUUCCGUGGCAUUUCGAAUAUCCGUCGCAAACCUGGGUACAGCGUGGGUAUCCUCGCGGACCAGUCUGAAGAUGAUGAUCUUGUUCUUCAUCCCGGGCUCUUAGAUUCAGCACUUCAAACUGUGUUUGCAGCCUGGGCCUAUCCUGGCGAUACACACUUGUGGUCUCUUCAUGUUCCGGUGUCAAUUUCCAGUAUCACUAUCAACCCAUACUUUACCUCCAUCGGCGAUGCUGGCAAACAAGCCACCAUGGAAUACGAGUCUUCUGUCCGCGAACAGUCAGCAGCAGGCGUCACUGGAGACGUUUACCUCUAUGCCGAUGACUCUAAAUACGCCUUCAUUCAAUUCGAAGGCGCGAAGCUUGUUCCUUUUGCACCCGCCGUGCCCAAGAAUGACAUCCCCAUAUUUUCUCGCUUUGAUUACCCGAUUGCUGUUCCUGACGGCCAGCUUGCUGGGGCCGGGGAGACCUUGACCGACUACGAGGUACAGCUUUACAAGGACGUCGACAGAAUUUCAUACUGGUUCCUCCGUAUUGCGUCAAUUUCAAUCCCUGCCAAAGACCGCAGCGGUCUUCUACCACAUUACCAGAGAUACCUGGCUUGGUGCGACCGCAUGGUCAGCAUGGUCAGCAGUGGCAGUCACAACAAGGUGCCUGCUUCAUGCAACAACGAUACUCGUUCUGAUAUUGACGAGACUCUUGCUCGCUAUCCGGACCGAAAGGAUGUUCGUUUUGUUCAAGUUGUUGGCGAAAACCUGGUUCAAACCAUCAAUGACGGUAACUCGAUGCUGGAGCAUAUGAACCAAGGUGGACUUCUUCGUGCUUUCUAUGAAGAAGGUGCAAUUUGCUCGGGUCCGACCGGUCGCUGGCUGGCUCGGGUUCUCGCUCAGAUUUCCAAAAUUCACCCAGGCCUGAAUAUUUUUGAAGUUGGCGCGGGUACCGGAGCCACUACCUCUGCAGUUUUGGAUGCUCUCGAAGGGCGUUAUGCAUCGUACACCUUCACUGACAUCUCGAGCGGCUUUUUCAUGGCGGCUGAAGAGCGAUUCGGUCAACAGGAUGCCCAUCGUAUGACGUUCAAGACAUUUGACAUGGAGAAGGAGCCUCAAACACAGGGAUUCUCAGAUGCGUCUUAUGAUGUUGUUGUUGCUGUGAAUGUUCUCCACGUCUCUGGUGAUAUUGAAGCAUCUCUCUCCAAUGUCCGACGCUUGCUCAAGCCUGGUGGCUUCCUUGUCACUGCUGAGCUGACUUCUACAGACCUCUUGUUCAGUGGAAUGACCGUCGGUACACUCCCUGGUUGGUGGAUUGGAGCUGAAACAGGUCGCCCAUGGGGUCCUCUGUUUACACUGGGACAAUGGGACACUGUGCUCAAGAAUACGGGCUUCGCCGGAAUCGACACUGUUAGUCCCGAUAUUAGCGCCUCUCUACCCAUGAGCGUUUUCGUGGCUCAAGCGGUAGAUGAUCGGGUGGCAUUGCUGCGCAACCCUCUUUCCGUCAAGGUCCACCCUGCCGGAAUUCGAACAGAUGUCCUGGCAAUCAUCGGUGGCAUGACAUGGCCAGUGUACAAACUCAGUCAGGAGAUCUAUGAGUCCAUGGGUCGUCGCUUUCAGUCGAAACGGCUGUUCAACACUGUGGAACAAUUUGCUAAAUCCGACUUGGCCACAAUGACUGAUGGAUCCAGAGGAGUCACAGUUUUGUCCCUUGUCGACCUUGACCGGCCAUACCUGGAAGAUCUAACUGCCGACAAACUUGAGAGUCUCAAGUCGUGCACGAAUGCCGGUGCCCUGAUUUGGGUGACAUGUGGCUCCCGCGAUGAUCAGCCUUACAGCUCCAUGAUGACCGGCAUUGCUCGCACCAUCCGCACGGAGAGUCCUGGAUUGAACAUCCUGACUUAUGACCUGGAUCCUGCUGUGCAGAACGGCAUUCAUUCUAGUACAGCAGCUGAUCUCUCUGCGACUGUCCUCCGCCAAGUGGCUCUGACUAACUGGGGCACCGAUUCCAUGCUCUGGUCAUUGGAACCUGAUAUUUAUGUUCGUAACGGACGUCACCUGGUCUCUCGCAUUGUUCCCGACCGCGAAAAGAACAAUAGAUAUAACUCUCAAAGACGCAAUAUCCUGACUGUCACUAACCUGUUUGAUACGAAUGUCGAAUUGGUUGGCGCUGGAAAAGGCGACGAGCAGACUAUUGAGCUUCGUCGUGUCUCACCUUUGGCUGUGACUGACUCGUCGGCAAGCGCAACGCGUAUGAUUAGAGUCACUCACUCCCUCUUGCAAAGCGUCGCUGUUGGGGCUGGAGGCUUUGUUCGUGUGUGCGCUGGUGUUGAUCUAGCGACUCAGGAUCAUGUUCUGGCUCUGACCGAUUCGAGCCAGUCCACUGUUCGGGUUCCAAAGGACCUUUGCAUCCACGUCUCUACAUCUCUAAUCCCUUCGAGAAUCAUGGCUGUGGGCGCUAAGCUUGUCGCCGAUCGUCUUUUGUCUCUCACGUCGCGAGGAAGCACACUGAUAAUCAACGAGCCCGAUCUCAUCAUUCAAACGGCAAUUCGCGCGGAGGCCUCCGCUAAAAAUAUCCAGGUCGUUUGCGUCACGUCCAAUACCACCAGCAGUCGUCCUGACGAAUGUAUAUAUCUCGGCCCUAGCUCGCCAGUUCAUAUUGUUCAAUCAUUGGUGGAAGCCUGCUCUGUGUUUGUGCACUUCUCGCGCGGCGCGACCUCCGAUGCUGUACGCGAUUUAAUUGUGGAAAGCCUGUCUCCGUCUUGUCUCGAAAUCACCGAGGAGAUGUUGGUCGGUCACAAGGUUGAUGCACUAUCUUCCUCAAGCGAUUUGGCAAAUUUAUUCAAGCAAUCAUUCUCCAAUGACACACUUGGCCUUUCGUCAUUUGAAUUGUUUGGCCUGGCUGAUGUCACCUCACACAAGGCAAUUGGUGAGCCUUUGGCUGUGGUAGACUGGACAAAGUCUCAGUCUGUGCUGGCCAUGGUACAGCCCAUUGACUCCCAGUCAAUUUUCAGAAGCGACCGAUCAUAUCUCUUUAUCGGCAUGACUGGUGAACUUGGCCAAUCACUAGCCGGGUGGAUGAUCACUCACGGAGCCCGCUACGUUGUUCUCACAAGCCGCAGACCGACAGCAAACGCGCGCUUUGUUGAUGACAUGUAUGCUCGAUACGGAGCUGUUGUCAAAGUGGUUCCAUUGGACAUAACCUCUCCAAAUUCGCUGCAGUCUGUGCUUUCUUCGAUGGCCGCAGCGCUUCCGCCCAUCGCUGGUGUCAUCAACGGUGCCAUGAUUUUGGACGAUGAACUCUUUGCGAACAUGUCCUUCGAGCAGUUUUCCCGGGUGACAAAGCCUAAGGUUCUAGGAACACAACUACUCGAUGAGGCUUUCCAUAGCACUGACCUCGAAUUUUUCAUCGUCGCGUCUAGUAUCUCGUCGGUCAUCGGGUGGAGUGGGCAGAGUAAUUACUCAGCCGCUAAUGAGUUCAUGACGUCAUUGGUAAACAAACGACGCAAGCGCGGUGUGGCUGGAUCAACAAUGAACAUUCCUGCGGUUCUUGGCGUGGGGUAUGCUGCGCACUCCGAGACUUUUGAUUUCGAUUACUUCCAGUCACUCGGUUACAUCAAUAUCAGUGAACAUGACCUACAAGUUCUCUUUGCAGAGACCAUUCUCACUGGACGACCGGGCCAGGCAGAGGAUUCCCCUUCCCAGGUUGUGAUGGGCAUCAACUACGUCCCGCAGGACUUGCAGGUCACUGAUGCUCAUCGCCGUGACGUGAAAUUCAGCCAUUUCAUUCUCAACAAGGAUACCGACUCCAAAGUCCAAUCACACGAAGCAUCUGUUCGCGUGCGCGUUCAGUUGCAAUCGGCCAAGACCACCGAUGAAGCUUAUUCAGUCACCCGAGACGCGUUCAUUGGUUAUCUCAAGCGCAUUCUUCGUAGGGCAGUUGAUGAGAUUAUAGACGAUUCAAUGACGCUAGUCGAGCAGGGAGUUGACUCUCUUGUGGCUGUUGACAUCCGAGCUUGGUUCUUGAAAGAGCUGGAAGCUGAUGUUCCGACCCUCAAAGUGAUGAGCGGCGGAGCUAUCUCCGAGCUGGUGAAAACGGGCCUCGCAAAGAUGCGAAGUUUGGAAGAGAGUGUCCCCUCAAAGAUUGUGGUGCCCUCUGAGAAUAAAGCGCAACGCCCCGCCCCAACAAUGCCCCAGGAAGAACGUUCACGGCCCACUUCCGAAAACCAAACUCGGUCUUCGUCGCCUCAAACAGGAAGUCCCCUCUUCACGCCGGCGCAAGAUUCAUUGUCCACGCUUUCUGAUGAUGUUACCGCGCGGACCCCAUCUCCCUCGGGUGACUACUUUGCGCAAACCUCCGUUAGUUCCAAAAUCCCGGAAUGGAAGGACUCUGCAGCGGAGGAUGUUGAGAUUGUGGAUGCUUAG